AUGCUGGUUGUGGAUCGUAAGUGCAAAACACGUGAUCAAAACAAGAAACAAAAACCCCUCUCACCCACAGCUCCCCCCCCAGCUCCGCCCCAUCCCACAUGCAGCUGGGUGAGUCCGCUCAAUCUGGCAGCCUGGAAUGUUAGUUCUUUCUUAGACAAUCCGGGGAACAACCAACUGGAGCGGAGGACGGCGAUAGUCACUAGUGAAUUAACGCGCUACAAGGUGGACGUGACUGAUCUUCGCGUGGUCCGCUUCUCCAAACCUGACCAGCUGGUGGAGAUGAAUGCUGAAUACACCCUUCUCUGGAGCGACUGUCUAAAGACAGAAAGAUGCGGCACUAGGAUCUUCUUUGCCAUCCACGAGGACAUCGUAAGACGACUGCCUUGAUUGUCGCCCAGCAUCAAUUACCGGUGUAUUGUCCAGCAUCGGCCUCUUCGGGGGGCUUAAUUUGUCACCAUCAGUGUCUACCUCCCUCCCCCACCGUUACCAGCUCGGACGAAGCCAAGACCUAGUUCUAGGAAGACCUGCGCGCACUCCUGCUAUCUGCUCCAAAGACGGAUUAGUUAGUUGUCCUUGGUGACUUUAAUGCCUUCGUCGGGACAAACCAUACUGCCUGAAGGAUCGUGCUUGGUCCCUAUGAAAUAAGCGGCUGAAUCUAUAACGGCCUCCUUUUCCCUCAAACCCGCGCAGAACAUCGUCCCCUCCCUACCAACGCAUUCCUUCUUUCCAUGUCGAAGAAUGCAGCCAAGAUGCGCUCGAUCGUUGCGCUGGCAGCAACUGCACUAUGUUCUCGUCAGAAAUGAGAUCGACGGAAGGUGCUAGUGACCGAGACUAUCUGUGACGCCGGCGGGUGGUUGGAUCACCACCUCGUCAUCUUAAAGAUGAGACACAGAAUGCAACCCCGCGGGCGACCAAAAAGUAAAGACCUACCAAAAAAGUUAAAUACUGUUUUGUUGACUGUGCUUACUUGCCGAUUACAUUUCCGAAAACAGUUAGUUCACCACUUGGAAGAACGGCCAACUCCGGACAACUAUGCCAUUGCGAAGAAAGGGCAAUGUCAAGCGCAGAAUUCCAUCCAUACCACUUCCUUUAACGUCUCUGAACGCAUAUGCCAUCGAAACCCAGACUGGCUUGAGGACAAAGUCUUCCCUGUCCGUCAGGCUGAUUCAACCAAAACGACCAUCUUCAGACGUCACCGUCCCGCGUAGCAACGACUGCAGGAGACGCAGGUAGUCCGAGGGACUCGCAAGGCCUGGAAAAUCCUGGGCUAUAUGGACUGCAAUUAAAUCAAAAAUUUUCUUCGCAUCAAUCAAGGUGGUCUACAACCCAAAGGCCAACGAAGUCACACCGUUUCAUAACAACAACGGAACGACAUUUCUGAUGGAGAAAUUACAGAUUCUGAAACGCUGGAACGAGCGCUAUACCAGUGUUCCCAACCACCCAUCUACCAUCUCCGACGCUACAAACGACAGGAUCCUUCAAUCUAAGACGAACCAUGACCUGGACUCCUCGUCUGCCCUCCCAGAAACAGUCAGGAUUGUGCAUUAAUUCGCCAGCCGGAUAGCACCGGAUCGCGAUGCGACCCCAGCCGAAGGUCACAGCACGGCGGUCUUCGUCCGAUGGACAAACGUACGAUGCCAUUUCAGGAGAGGUAGCGAGGAGGACAAGUUCCUCAGAAUUUUCAGGCUGCGCAAUCCUUCAUCUCUACAAGCAGAGCAAGGUCCAAACACUCUGUGAUAUCCACAGAUAAAUCUUGCUGCUGGGAGGAUCUUUGUCCACAUCCUCCCUAACCAAGUCAACGCCCGGUUACAGCAGGGACUUAUCCCGGAAUGCUAAUGCUGCUUCCGACACCACUGCUGAAUCACCGACUUGAUCUUCGGCAUCUACCAGCUGCAGAAGACAUAUCAGCAGGUGUGGAUCCAUCUUCAGACUACUCUUGUGUAUCUGACGAAAUCCUCCGACAUAGAUAAUCCCAACGGACUCUGGAAACUCAUCCAGACAUUUAAACGUCCUAAGAUCUUCACAAGCAUAAUGCGACAACUCCAAGACGGGUGGUGGUAUCGCACAUCACGGAAAGUGGGACCGUCUCAGAAGCAUUUGCAGUGAUGAAACGAGUGAAGCGGGAAUGCGUACUCGCUCCCACCCUCUCCGGCCUCAUAUUUUCUGCUAUGUUGGUGGUGAUCUGAGUGAAAAACGCUCCGGAAUCCGCAUCGGCACCAUCCUCUAAAUAGUCAGCGCAUCCAGGUCCUGAAACGUGUUUCCACGAUCGCUGUCAGCGAUUUGCUCUACGCGGACGACUGUGCACUAAAAUUCUUGACAGAGGAAAGUAGGCGACAGAGCACGGGCCUGUUUGUCUCCGACUGCGACAAUUUAGGUCUGACCAUCAGCAUAGGCACACUGAGGUAUUGCACCAACCGUCUUCUAGCAGUGCAUACAGUGUGUCUAACAUUCACGUCAACUAAACCAACUGGAGGCCGUUGACAAAGUCGUCUAUUAGCGCAACAACCUCUCCCACAACACUGCAAUCAACAACGAAGUGGCAUACUGGAUCUCCAAGCCAUGCCAUACGGCUGUAGAACCCGUAUGGAAUCGCCACGAUUUCCACCCAAACACUCCUCAUUACGACCGAUCUGGCGCGCUUGAGACUAUAACGACGCGCUAGUUGUCGUGACCUAAAAUGUUGCCAACUGGCGCUUAAACUGAACUCCCACAGUCAGUUCAGUUGUAAAUUUGUGUUCUGAAUGGCCGACUGGCAAACUGAGAGUCGAACUGUGAUGGCUACUCCGUAAUGACACCCUCACUCACAAGAGGGAUCUGAGCCGCUUCCCAUUGAGGUGUUUAAUCCUCGUGUACGCGUUUGGUCGAGAAGAGGGGCAGGUCAUGCAAGUGGCGGCGGCAGAUGGGCGUUUUUUCUCUGUCAAACACUGCGCUCGCACCAGACGACUGACCGACACGAACAGUGGGCUGGUGCCUGGAAGUGAGAACACAUAUUAAGUUCAAUGGUAUUAGAGUUUGAGAUGCGUCUCUGAAGGCUGACAACUCCAGUCUCGCAGUCAGCCCAGUGUGUGUUGGUGCACAGUGGCUGAUUGGUGUACUGGGAGUCUGGUUGAGACGACUCCUUAAUGCGACUCUUAUGGCACUGCGAUUAAGUGGGAUCCGAAAUGCCCUCUUUUUUCUUCUGGUGUAGGAUCCUGGUCGGUGUACGUAGUGUAUCAGGGGACGUUGUGAUGCGUCUAGGCGCGGUUUUCGUGGUGCCAGCCCACUGCGCCUUCUCCUGCCUAUGGUCUUCUUGACUAUUUCCUUGCGCCGAACCUAAGUGGGGGAGGAGGAUAGGGUGUGGUGUGUGCAGCGCAAGUCUGUUACCACGAUAAACAAUUGCGCGCAAGUCACCCUCCUUGUUCUCGCCAUGCUGUGUAGCACACGGUGUCCAUCGCCGAUCAUAACAGUCGAAAUGUCGUGUGAUGGGUGUAGGUGGGGUGUCCUGGCAAUGGUUAGUUGACCUCCGGGCAACGGAUUUGAAAGUUACACUAGACGGAUAUGUGAGUUAUAAGCGAAGAUGAGAGUUCCAAACACCAGUUUAUAAGAAGAAGAAGCAACCGCUGGAACAAGAGCAUUAUUCGCCUGACGUUUCGGAUUCUCACUUGAACCCAUUAACCGAGAUAGUAGCAGAAGUGGGUGAUUCCUGCACAAGGAGUCGCAGUAUUCAUAGGAUGCAGUCGCUAUGCUACCCCAUACAUAUAGCAAUUAACCACGCUGCACUUCUUCAAGAAUUGUUGCCCGCUGGUACGCUAAUUGCUUGAUGGGCGCCUUUCAAGUUGUUAGUGGCUUACAUGUCUUCGCCCGUGUUGAAUGCUGGCGUGAUGAUUGCUCGGCCAUCUGGCUCACCGGCUUGCCCACUCCCCGGGUGGUCAUUUACUUUGACCAGCCUAUGCCUCAGCACAGAAUAUGGAGAGGGGAUGUCGGUGCACUUGCUGAUAGACAGAGGUCCCGUGAACCGUGACUCAGGCAACUCGCAGCUCACGCAAUUAUCCCCUCUCGCGAGAAAUUCCGGCCUCAUCGAACUUGAAUGUGUGGCCGGGUCUCGUCGAAUGGGCCGCGACCUGAGAGUUGGCGUCAUUUCUCCGUACCGUUGCCGCGUGUUCGGCAGUUCGCAUUCGGAGCAGUCUUCCAGUUUGUCCGACGUAGUUGAUUUGUCCGCAACUGUACUAUAUCCGGUAAACGACUCCAGGUGUGUCUUGCCGUGACAAUGGGUCUUUUGGUCUCAUCACCUGACGCCUCAUGGUGGCCUCCGGUCUGUGUGCAAAUCUAACCCCAAGUGGUGCAAGAAGGCGACUAAUGUCCUCGGAGCCGUUCUUGAUUUACGGGAUCGGUCGCCAGAAUUUGGGGUUGCACGAUUUUGUCGCUCGUCUUGUUUGUGCACGCACCGGUUGACGAAGUUGCGCUGGUAACAAUUUUUGCUCUAAAACCUGUCGAAGAUACUGAGAUUCGCAACCUUGUCUUCUGGUUCACGGCAGUGCGUCUCAACACGCCGAUAUAGCGUUCUUACGCAACCGCGUUUGUGGAAGAUUGGGUGGUUACUGUUUUAGUUCAGUAUUUGCAUCGUGUUUGUCGCUUUUCUGAACGCUUUGAUCUUUAGGUCACCAAAAUGUUUGCGACAGAAGAGGACAUAAAGGAAUGCCAGCCGGUUAUUUUCGUCCUCCUCCAUCCUAAAUUGUACGUCCGAGAAGACCGCAUUCAGACGUUCCUUGAAUGUCAGCAGUUGAUCCCGGUCGAUAACGACGAAGGUAUCAUCUACAUACCGGGCCCAGAACUUCGAUCUGUGGUUUUGAAGACCAGUGACUCUAACCGUUGCAGGACCGUCUCGGCGAUAAAUUCCAAAAUCGGUGAGCCUAUUAACGUUCCCUUCACUUGCUCAUAGAUUGUUCCUUCAGACGUGAAGAACGUCAUGAGACAGAACAUUAG